CGUGAGCUAGGCCUCGAGGCGAUGGCGCGCUGAAAACAUGAAUUCGACUUUUUAUUCUGUUGUACAUCUCCUCAUCUCCUCCAAAUGAUCCAUGGUUUUUCUUAAAAACGAAGUAGUGUCGACAACUUGACUGUCAAAGCGAAACUCGGACAAAUGUUACAUUACAUGUAAAACAACUAAGAAUAGCAAUGAACGGUGCUGUUAUUACAGGUACUCCGAUAGCAGUUGACUAUUGGCGAUGUCAUAAGUCUCCAUGCAGCAAAGUGUUCUUCUUGUCCCAUGCCCAUUCAGACCACACCAGCGGUUUAUCUUCAACAUGGCGUUACCCAAUCUACUGCUCAGAGGUUACGGGAAAGGUUGUAGUUGCCAAGUGUGAGGUGAAGCAAUCACUCAUCAAGUCUCUAUCAGUAGGAAGCAGACACAUCAUUCCUCUAGAUGAGAGUGGAAAGGAAACCAUGACCGUUACUCUUAUUGAUGCAAAUCACUGUCCAGGUUCUACCAUGUUCCUGUUUGAAGGUUACUUUGGACGUUUCCUUUACACAGGUGAUUUCCGCUACCAUCCAUCUAUGUUUCCAAACACUCUCCUCGGGCUGAAUCGUCCAGUGGAUAGACUGUACCUUGACAACACCUACAACAGUCCCAAUAAUGACUUUCCAGGGGAAGAUGAUUGCAAGGUAAAGAUCAUGGAAGUUUUAGCUGAGUACCCCUACACAAAUGUUGUACUUGGUAUGCACCAGCUUGGAAAAGAAGACCUCUUGGUCGAUAUUGCAGAGUUCUAUGGGGAGAAGAUUCAAGUGACCCCUGAACGAAUGUCAGUUAUUAAACUACUGGACUGCAAAGAUGUGUUCACAACAUGUGAGGAAAGGAUCAGGGUGGUACCAGUACACACUAUAACCAUUAGUAGGGUAGAGCAGUGGAAUAAUGAGUUUCCAACUAUAGUUAUCAUUCCAUCAGCUAUCUUUAGAACUCAACGGAAAAGUUGCAUUGCAAAUCAUCCCAGUGUAUUCAUCAUUCCAUAUUCUAGCCAUUCUUCAUACAAUGAGCUUAUCCAGUUUGUGAGAUGUGUGAGACCCAAGAAGGUAAUUCCCAUUGUACAACCACCACCAUCUAAAGCAUCUGAAGCAGUUAUUGCUAACAUGGGUAACUUCAAUCAAUAUCUAGAUCUAAACCCACCCACUCCAGUCAGUAUCCCAUCAUCUGUACAAACAUACAUGAACUCCCACCUUUCAGAAGUGGGAAGACCCAUUCUUAGAAAAAGACGGUCAGUAACUGACAUGAAGUGUGCUUCAAAGAUUGCCAAAGGUGUUGUCUUUGAAGAUACAAGCGAUGAUGAGAGUGAAUGUAAAGAAAACACAAAUGGAAAUGGCAUACAUGAAAGUACUUCUGACAGCGAUCUUGUGGAAUUAGAUUUUGAUGAAGCUCCAGAAAACAACGAGGAUGACUCCACCGAGUCUAUUUGGGAUAUGAAACCUAAUAGUAAAACUGCAUAUGGAUUUGAAAAGCUUGAUAGAUUGAAGGACAAGCUAUCUACAUGUACACAGGCUACAGAGGCUUUUCAGAACAAGGAUCAGGGAUCUGAUCAGGACAUCCAGGAUAAUGAACCAAAAGAACCACCUAGAAUGUUGCAGGUUUGUACUGGAACAUUCUACAGCAAACCUAAGUGGAUAAAGCAAUCUUCUAGGAAAAAGACUUUACACCAUGUUUGCAAACAUUCUCAGUCUGGAAAGUCUUGUCUUUGCAAGUAUCUAGUUUUCAAAGAAUCAAAUCAGAUCUCCAAAAAGAGCCUGGAUAAAUCACCCAGCAACAGUAACUCCAAGUGUACGACAAAUAGAUCAAUUUGUGACCCUUGCAAAAGUGCAAGAACUAACUUUGGUAUUGUAGCAGAUGAACCAUGUGCAUCCACACAUGCAGAAACUGUCAGUCUUCAUGAAGAUCAGCAAGCACCAAGUAUUAUGCCAGUCGACCGCAGAUCUAGAAAAGAUGUAAAAUGUUAUUCUGCUAUUCAAAAUUUUUACAAGAGGGUGAAGUCAGGUAGCAUUACAUCUUCAUGUACAUCUAGAUGAUUAGAAUAAACAAUGUAUUUCUUUGUGAAAUGGUGACCAGACUUGGCCUGAGAAUGCUAUUUUUAUAUUAUUUUUAGUUAUUCAAAACCCCCCCCAAAAAAUAAAAAAUAAAAAAAAACUAAAAAAAUACACAUAAUUCUCUUUCCUGUGUUGGAAUAUGAUCCAGAGUGAAUAGAGAUAUUGAUGGAACAUGUACAUGUAAUCAGUCAUUAAAUUUGGUAUUCAGAAUUUCAUAAAGUAAAUCAUUUGAGAAUAGUGCAAUACCUUAAUGCAAAUUUUCUCUUCUAAUAUGAGGCUUUUUUUGGCAGCAGUCCUUGGGUCUACUUUAUCAUUUUACAUUAGAAUUCACAUACAUGUACAUGUAAAGCAGAUUCAAUAGGUAGGUAUUGCUACAUGUACAUGUAAACUGAGCCCAUUUAACAAAAUCAAAAAGCCAUGGAUGUUCCCAACAACAUUGAGUUCUGAAUCUUGAUCAAUGAUAUUGAAAGUUGGUAAUAUUAGCAUGUGAUUUUCUUUCUAAGUCAGUAAUGUUAGAUACAUGUAUAUUCUUUAAAGUACAUGUAGCUGGCAGACUGCCAUAAUAUGCUGAAACUACUUCUUUUAAUGUGGACUUGUCUACUGUCGAUUGUUUCAACUACAGAAUGGGGAAACCAUAACUGGAUUGUGAUCGGAUUGGACAGAUACUGUGUUCCAGAAAUUCUGAUUCAGGCCUAUUAAGAACAUUCAAAUAACUGAUUUAUUCAAAUGCCUUUUCACUACAAAUUUCAGUAGUUGGUAUUGGUUACCAUGCCAGACUCUACUCCUGUGUAAAGUGUUGUAAUUAUGGUUGUAGGGAUAAGGUUUCAUGUUGGUAGAGGUUUUAGGAAGAAGGCUUUUUUUAUGUUAAAGGGAAAUGAAACCUUUGGAACAAGUAGGCUUGUGUCAAAACAGAAAAAUCAAAGAAUACA